UGAGUUGGGAUUUUAUCCUUUUCUGUGUCUUUAUCUCUCUCUCUCUCUCUCUCUCUUAAUUGAAAGUCGAAAACUACUCUCUACUCUCUAACCCCCCAUUUUUAAUUUUUCUUUUCUCUCUCUUACCAAAGAGAAAACCUCCACAGAAAAACUGAUUUGAACUUAUCUGGUGGCCAGAGAUACUAAAGGAAGAAGAAGAAGAAGAAUGCAAGCCAUUAAAGAAGAAGGAAGCCAUUAAUGAAGAAAUAAAAAAGCUCACAUUGAUACAGCUUCCUGCCUGCAACAACCAAACCAAAUAAUAAUUACUAAUCAAAAUCAAUUCCCUCUGGUAGUUGAGUCACUGUCCGAUUUAAGAUUUUUCAGGUUUUCUUCAAUCUUGUCCGAGUUAGGAAUUAGGGUUUUCUUUCAUCUUCAUCGUCAUCGUCUUGGAUGAAGAAUCUUUUUUUUUUUUUUUUUUUUCUGUGUAUUUUAUAAUUAUCGAAUUUGGUGAUUCUGGAAAAAAGAUAAGAUAAAGACUCCCCCAGAUGCUUUAUGUUGCAAGUUGAAGAAGAAGAAGAAGAAAUUAAAUCGAUCUCCUGGGGGCCCUUUUGUGAACCUGUUACCUUAAUCAAUUACAAUCGCCAUCUCUUCCUUAUCCAUCCAUUCUUCUUCGUUUGUGCCGUCGAUUGAUUUUGGGGAGAUGAUUAUGGAAGAGGUUGUGGAUGUUGGGGGUAAUGAUCUUUACUUCGGCAGCGGCGGCGGCGGUGCGGCGGUUGGAAACCCUAAUUGCUUCGAUCCAAUGGAGGAGGACAACAAUCCGGCGGGGGAUGUAAUGGCGGCGAUUGGGGAGAAAGAUUUGGAGAAUCUUCUAGAUGUUAACGAUUCCGCCAUUUUUUACAACGAUUUCCCGCCGCUGCCGGAUUUUCCCUGCAUGUCGUCGUCGUCGUCGUCGUCGUCGACGCCGGAGAAAGCCAUCGCCGCAGCGGCGGCGAACUCCACCUCCACCUCCUCCGCCGCCACUUCGUCGGCGGUUAUGAAGUCCGACAACGAGGAAGCCAUGAGUUUCCAUGAUUUAACCAACAACGACGACGAUCCGGCGAAAUUAGACCACGGAGGUGGAGGUGGCGGUGGCGCCGCCCUCUCCUCCACUGCCUCCAUGGAAAUCCCGCCGCCGGCCGAUUUCGUCGACGUCGACUGCAUCGAUUUCAACUGCAUGGAUCUGAUCGACACCGCCGAUAUUUGGGACCCGUCGUCCGUCUUCCAGACGGAGAACCCUCUGGAGUUUCUAGAAGAUCAUCAUCCGACGGCGGAGACGGAAGCGAUCAAGAUCGACGGCCACGAUUGCUCCGAUGAAAACGGCCUGAGUUUCCUGCAGGGUAACAGCGAGCUCGCUGUCAUCUUCCUCGAAUGGCUGAAGCAGAACAAAGAUUACAUCUCCGCCGACGACAUGCGAACCAUCAAAUUGAAGCGAUCCACCAUUGAAAACGCUUCGAAGCGCUUAGGAUCUUCGAAGGAAGGCAAGAAACAGCUCCUGAAACUGAUUCUCGAAUGGGUUGGACAGUAUCAGCUCCAGAAGAAACGAUCGCAGGAUCUUAAUCAAAACCCUAAUUUUACCCCCAAUUUGAUGACCUUCAAUUCAAUACCCAAUUGCUUCCCAACCACCCCCCAAUGGAUCCCGCCGCCGCAAGGAGUCCCGGCGCCGCCGUACUACGGCGGCGCACCUUACUCCAACACAAUUGCUCCGAUGAGCCAUCAAAUCGUGAACGGAAUUCCGUACCCGCCGGAGUAUCCGGUUAUGGAGCACGCGCAAUCCUGGCCGGCGGCGAUGCUGCCGUACCCAAUUCCGGCGCCGGCGACUUCGCCGGCGCCGUUCAGUCCGUUUUCCGACGGGAACAUGGCGAGCCAUCAGCAGACAGUGUACGGGAAUCCGUACCCGAUUGUUGGUCCGAACGGGGAAAGGCUGAUGAGGAUGGGGUCGUCGGCGACAAAAGAAGCUCGGAAGAAACGGAUGGCACGGCAGCGCCGCCUCUACACCCACCACCACCACCACCACCGCCACGGAAGCACCUCGAAUCAUCACCAGAAUCAGAUUCACGACCCAAAUUUGCUCGGCGACGCUGCCGACGACUGCGAUCCGGCGAAUUGGCUGUGCUGUCCUCACGGCGAUUCAUCGCCGGGAACUGCGCCGCCGCCGGAGGCAGUCCAGCCAAAUUCCGGUGAUCGACAGUCGCUGCCGCCGGCAACAUCCCAGCAGAAUAACCGGCGACAGCAGCAGGGAUGGAAGACAGAGAAGAACUUGAAGUUCUUGUUGCAGAAGGUCCUCAAGCAAAGCGAUGUAGGAAAUCUGGGAAGAAUUGUGCUGCCAAAGAAAGAAGCUGAAAGCCAUCUUCCCGAGCUCGAAACGAGAGACGGAAUUCCGAUCGCCAUGGAAGACAUUGGAACUUCUCGAGUAUGGAAUAUGCGAUACAGGUAUUGGCCUAACAACAAAAGCCGAAUGUAUCUUCUCGAGAACACCGGUGAUUUUGUGAGAGUAAAUGGUCUACAAGAGGGCGAUUUUAUAGUGAUCUACUCCGAUACAAAAUGCGGCAAAUAUAUGAUACGCGGCGUCAAGGUAAGGCAGCCGGGCGCGAAACAAGAGGGGAAAAAGCCGGCGAGGAGGAACAUGCGCAACUUAUCGAUUGCCGGGAACAGUUCUUCCUUAAUCAAACAAGCCGUACGAUGAAGAUGAAAGAGUGGUAUAUAUAUAUAUAUAUAUAUAUAAGUGUUAAUUAAGUGUAAGGUUACAUGUUUUGGUUGGAUUAAGGUGAUGAUGCAUAGUUAAUUAGGGUUUGCAGUUUGAAGGGCUAUUUUGGGUGCAACUUGAUGGUCAUUUGAGGGGGACUGUAUCUCUAUAAUUAUUUGUUCCAUGUAUUUGUAUUUUGUACUAUUAUUAUUAUUAUUUAUUUUGUUGUUACUGUAGUUGUUAUUAUAUAUUACCUCCUCCGACUUUAA